GCAUCUGACACAACGCUGAAGUAGCCUCCUCCACCUCAUAUACCAUGCAACGGUGCUCUUUUGGGGUGCGGGAUGCUUUCGCCUGCAAAUAGAACGUGACUGAACUACGGCGCACCACCAGUGCAAUCCGGAUUUAGUCAAAUCCUUAUUGAACAGCAGACUCUCCACAAGAGCAUUGUUGUAAUCGGCUUCUCCACACCGGGAACACCCAUCGCUCCAUUCAGAUUCCUGCAUUAUUGCUCACCUUGUCAGGAGAGGACAUCUUUCAAGUCGGAACUGUCCACGGGCUCGCUCAACGCGCGCGCGCGUCCUGGAGUUGGGAGUUCAUGAAGGUUUAUGACAUAUUACUGGGUUCUUAAAAUUGCCAGCAACUGUCAAUUGAACAACGUGUUUCAAAGAUUGCCCCACUAGACGCUGACCAUGUGUUAUACGAGAAUUGAAUAGUCGUGUUUUCCCCGCGCAAGUUCCAGUAGCCUAUAAUUCAAGGAUUCACUUCAUCAUGAGCACCAACGGUCCCUACCAGGCUGGUUCCUUCAGCAGCAGUAGCAGCAGCAGUGCCGGGGGAGGCAGAGGGGGCAGCGGUGGGUCCCUCAUCCACUGCUUCCGUUGCAGGGAGGUGUGCAAGGGGGAGGUGGUGCGCGUCCAGAACGCCCACUUCCACGUCAAAUGCUUCACCUGCCAAGUGUGCAACUGUGACCUGGCGCGCUCCGGGUUCUUCCAGAAGAGCGGCGAGUACAUCUGCACGGAGGACUACCAGCGGCUGUACGGCACGCAGUGCGACAGCUGUGGAGACUUCAUCACGGGGGAGGUGGUCUCCGCCCUGGGCCGCACCUACCACCCCAAGUGCUUUGUCUGCAGCCAGUGCAGGAAGCCGUUCCCCAUUGGAGACCGUGUGACGUUCUGUGGUAAGAAGUGUGUGUGUCAGCAGUGCUCCCAUGCCCUGGUCAGCACCAACGAGCCCGUCAAGAUCCACGGACCCAGCCAGUGUGCUGGCUGCCGUGAGGAGAUCAAGCAGGGCCAGUCCCUCCUGGCGCUGGAGAAGCAGUGGCACGUCAGCUGCUUCAAGUGCCAGACCUGUGGCAGCGUGCUGACGGGAGAGUACAUCAGCAAGGAUGGCAUCCCCUACUGUGAGUCAGACUACCACACCCAGUUUGGCAUCAAGUGUGAGACCUGCCACAGGUACAUCAGCGGACGAGUUCUCGAGGCAGGUGGGAAGCACUACCACCCUACGUGUGCCCGCUGUGCCAGGUGCCAGAUGAUGUUUGCCGAGGGAGAGGAGAUGUAUCUGACAGGUUCAGAGGUUUGGCAUCCCGGGUGUAAACAGACGGCAAGGAUGGAGAAGAAGCUAAGACUCAGGCGUACCUCCGAGGCCUCCAUCUCGCCCCCUGGAUCCAGCAUUGGCUCCCCCAGCCGGGUGAUCUGUGCCAAAGUGGAAAGCGAGCUCCUAAAUUAUAAAGAUCUGGCUGCGCUGCCUAAGGUUAAAGCUAUAUAUGACGUGCACCAGCCCGAUCUGAUCCCCUAUGAACCGUAUGACAGAUACAGCUCUGAUGACAGGCUAGAGCGCUACAGCUAUGGGGAGUCUCUGGGGACCCUCUCUCCUUACUCUCAGGAGAUCUACGACAACAUCGACAUCCGGCAGCGGCGCUCGUCUAGUCCCGGCUACAUCGACUCACCCACAUACAGCCGGCAGGGCAUGUCGCCCACCGUACCGCGCUCACCGCAGCUCUACUACCGCUCUGGCACUGAGAGUGGCAGGAGCUCUCCCUAUUACAGUCAGCUUGACGCCAGAUCGAACACGCCCACCACGAUCCCAGCACCCAAGCAUUUUCACGUGCCAGCUACAGGGGAGACCAACAUCUACAGGAGACCUCCCAUCUAUAAGAGACAUGAUGUCUUCGAUCUUGAAGCCACAAAAAGCAAAACCAGCGAGGACAUCUUGCACACGUCCCAGCUGUCCUCGUCCUACUCCCCAGACCACUGCCAACACCCAGACACAGACUACUACAGCUACAGCAGCUCUCCCAGAGCCCCUCGAGCGCGGAGGUUCUCUGCAGGUGGGGAGGACGAUGGAUGGAACCAGCACCUGACCAGGCUUCAAGGCAGUAUCGGCCGCCUGAUUCUGAAAGAGGAGAUGAAGGCUCGGUCGGGCUCGUAUGAUAACAACGACCCUUGGGGAAGCCGCCGCAACUCCCGGUCCGGCAGCAAGGAGGCGCUGCACAACAUAGGCUACAGCAACACCGUCAACGGCUCUCCCAGGUCUCACUACAGUGUCGACAGUGACUCCUACAUCUCCAAGUCUGCAUCUCUGCCCGGCUAUGGCAGGAACGGUUUGAACAGGCCCCAGAGUGCUGACUAUCACCACCAGUAUGACAGCAGCAAUGCAGUGAACUGGGGAUAUCGAGAUUACAAGGUCUAUCCAUAUGAAACUCUCAUAGUGACCAUGAGAGGGCGCCAUCCCCUACCCAGCGAUGUGGACAGGACGAGACUAGAGCGCCACCUGUCUCCAGAGGAGUUCUACCAGGUGUUUGGGAUGUCGGUGGCCGACUUCGACCGUCUGGCGCUGUGGAAGAGGAACGAGCUGAAGAAGCAAGUGCGGCUGUUCUGAGAACCCUGAAGAGGCCCAACCUGACCUGGUCCAGACACAUCCAGAACCAGGGCUGUUUUUGCCCCAAGGAAGAGGAAAGAACUCUCAAAUGGGCCGGAACCAGGCCAUGAGCCGGUGGGGGGGGGGGCAUCGUCGUGUCAAACACAACCUCUUUCAGAGCCUCAGAAUCAGAACCAACAACAUCAGAGCUUGGCUGCUUAAUGGACCACAGCAGCACUGACAUGACUUUAGUACACAGCUCACCAGAGGAGCUUGAGACACACUUUUUAGGGAAGUGC